UAGUGUGGGCGGGGCAUCUCGAUCGGGGAUGAGCUUUAAACAUGAGAGCAUAACCUUAGGGUUGUGUUCUCUAUCAUAAUAGUCCGUUUCGAUCUCAAAAAGCGCUUCCAGCUGCGGGGGUGUAUGAGGAGCAUCAGAGGAAAGAGUUUUACCUCGAUCAGGUAGCGAAGGAGGUGAAAGUAGGAGUGGAAGAGGGGGGGCUGUGGUUGGAUUUAGUGAAAGAAAACAAUAUGGCCGCGGUGGAGCUGGAAUGGAUCCCUGAGACCCUGUACAACACCGCUAUCUCAGCCGUGGUCGACAACUACGGCCGAUCGCGACGGGACAUCCGCUCUCUGCCUGAAAAUAUACAGUUUGAUGUGUACUACAAGCUUUACCAGCAAGGCCGGCUCUGCCAGCUGGGAGGGGAGUUCUGUGAGCUGGAGGUCUUCGCUAAAGUCCUCAGGGCCUCUGACAAAAGGCACCUCCUACAUCACUGCUUCCAGGCUCUGAUGGACCACGGUGUGAAGGUAGCUUCAGUCCUGGCCAACUCUUUCAGCCGCCGAUGUUCAUACAUUGCAGAGUCAGAUGCUCAUGUGAAAGAGAAAGCGAUACAGUUUGGCUUUGUUUUAGGUGGCUUUCUAUCAGAUGCCGGUUGGUAUGGAGAUGCAGAGAAAGUCUUCCUGUCUUGCCUCCAGCUGUGCACAUUACACGAUGAAGUUCUGCACUGGUAUCGUGCGGUGGAGUGCUGCGUGAGGUUACUUCAUGUGCGUAAUGGCAACUGCAAAUACCACCUGGGAGAAGAGACGUUCAAACUGGCCCAGUCUUACAUGGAGAAACUAGCCAAACACGGCCAUCAGGCUAAUAAGGCUGCCCUGUAUGGAGAACUGUGUGCUUUACUCUUUGCCAAAAGCCACUAUGAUGAGGCUUACAGGUGGUGUAUAGAGGCUAUGAGGGAGAUCACAGUUGGCUUACCUGUGAAAGUAGUAGUUGAUGUUCUCAGACAAGCUUCAAAGGCUUGUGUUGUUAAGCGGGAGUUUAGGAAAGCUGAACAACUGAUAAAACAUGCAGUCUUUUUGGCACGGGAACAUUUUGGGCACAAGCACCCAAAAUACUCAGAUACACUACUAGAUUAUGGAUUUUAUCUCUUAAAUGUGGAUAAUAUCUGUCAAUCAGUGGCCAUUUACCAGACUGCACUAGAUAUUCGGCAGUCAGUGUUUGGAGGAAAGAAUAUUCAUGUUGCAACUGCACAUGAGGACUUGGCGUAUUCGUCCUACGUCCAUCAGUACAGCUCUGGUAAAUUCGACAACGCACUAUUCCACGCAGAACGUGCCAUAGACAUCAUAACUCACAUUCUCCCUGAAGACCAUCUGCUGCUGGCCUCGUCCAAGAGGGUGAAAGCCCUGAUCCUGGAGGAGAUUGCCAUUGAUUGCCAUAACAAAGAAACAGAGGAACGCCUCCUUCAGGAGGCCCAUGAUCUGCACCUCUCCUCCCUCCAGCUGGCCAAAAAAGCUUUUGGAGAGUUUAACGUUCAGACGGCGAAACACUACGGGAACCUGGGCCGCCUCUACCAAUCCAUGCGCAAAUUCAAGGAGGCAGAGGAGAUGCACAUCAAGGCCAUUCAGAUCAAGGAGCAGCUGUUGGGACAGGAGGACUAUGAGGUGGCUCUGUCAGUGGGGCACUUGGCCUCGCUCUAUAACUACGAUAUGAAUCAGUAUGAUGAUGCAGAGCGUCUGUACUUGCGUUCCAUCGCUAUUGGGAAGAAGUUGUUCGGGGAGGGUUACAGUGGACUGGAAUAUGACUACAGAGGCCUGAUAAAACUGUACAACUCGGUUGGAAACUACGAGAAGGUCUUUGAGUACCACAAUAUUCUGUCCAACUGGAACCGUUUAAGGGACAGGCAGUUUGCGGUAGCCGACGCGCUAGAGGACGUCAACACGAGCCCCCAGGCCACAGAGCAGGUGGUGCAGUCUUUCCUGCUUUCCCAGAGCCACGGAGCCGGACGCCCCUGCUUGGGCUAACCCACCUGAAAAAUAGAUGUGCACACCCCACCCUCAUUUCACACCCUCACAUCCAUUUAUUCACAAGUAUAGACAAGACAGGAAGGGAGUGUGAUAUAUUAUCUUGACCUUCUCAAGGACAGUCAAUUCACUCAUACCAGCAACUCCCAAAGCCUGUUUUCUCAAAAUGGGUGACGACCAUACUAACACUCAUGAUGGAUAAGCAACCGUUCAUUGAAUUCAUUCACUCUCCUUCGAAGAACCCAACCAUUUCUCUGACUUCUAGAGGAGUUGAUUAAAAAAAAACAGAAGUCCGACAAAGACGGAAAACUUCCACACCCUACUAUUGUUUUUUAUUUUAUUUUGUAUUUGAAGGAGAGUUGCUCCACACUACAGGAAUACUUUAUCAUUGUCUAUUUGUGGAGGAAAUUGCUCAACGCAGCUCCCACAGAACGGGAAAAGACCCGUCAGUCAUAUAACCGAGUGAAGGAACAUCCGUAGACAUCCGUGUCCCCAUUAACACGAGGAUUAGCGCUUGACUUCAUGUGAUGCCAAGCUUUGCAUUUGAGGAUUACCUGUGUGCUCUAUGGAAAAUGAGACCAGCCAUGUUACAUUAUGGACCAUUGUGUUUAUUUUCCCUUUUUUUUUUUUAAUAACUCAUGUCGCGUGUGGAAUUUACGGACCAGUGGGUUUUGCUCUAGAUACCUUGUUUUAAGUUCUUUUCUGGUUUUGUAUUCCCUUAGUACUGACGUAGCUUAUUUUAAACUGCCAAUAAUUUAUAUGCAAGGUAUGCUAGGUGUAACAUUGCAAACGGAUGAGCCAAAAUGACUUCUGUUUAUAAUAAUAAUAAAAAUAAUACGUGUGCAACCACAGCUAAUUGCCAUAAUAUAACUAACCAGAGUGGGAGGACGGGUUCACAAAGCUGGCUUUCUGUCAUAGAGGAGCCUUAUUCACGCACACACACAACAUAAGCUGAAGCGGUGAUAGUUACGGGACCAGGUUUCCCAGGUCGUUGUUGUUUUCCUUUCAGAGCUCGGCCCUGGCUGGCGUAGAUUAACACCCCUGGCUCACUGCCAGCUGACUGGUCACAGAAAAAAGGGCUGAGCACAGCACCUGUCAUUGUGAAGAUGCGGUAUAGCGCACAGGGGUGUGAAUCCACGCACGAUUGUGCACUAGCAGUGCAAUAUUUGCUGAACGCACCUGUACCACUCCGAAACCAAUCAGUCUGAUUCAUUUCACUGCCGCUCGUCUCAAGAAUAUAUCCAAAAGCCAACCAAGUUGAACAUUUCAAGUUGAAUGAGGACUGUUUAGAUUAAAUUGGCAUCACACCUUUAGAAAGAACUCAUUGUUUUCUUUGCUGAAACAAAGCCUUGCUGCAGGCUAGUCAUGUAGAAUGCGCUUCUAGCUUCUUGUCACAUUUGAGUCUCACCCCAGUUGGCAGCACCGGGACCCCAGAUCGAGCUGAAGUCCCAGCCUUAGUCUUAAAGGACUCUCAGCUGGCGGGGAUCUGCUUUGUCAGCUUUUUUUUUUUUGAGUAGUUAGCUUUGAAUGAAGCUUUUCAAACUCCCGAAAACCAAGCAAGAGAUCGCCCACAUGAGGGACUUUACGUUUGAGGUUUGAUUGUGAAGAACGAGGUGGUUUUAAAGGGAUGGUCCACUCAAGAUUUAAAUUCUGUUGUAAUUUAUUUGCCUUUAUGCAGUUCUUUAUCAGUGGGAUGUGAAAGAUGAUAUUUUGAAGAACGUUGGUAACCAGGUUCAGCUUCCAUUGACUUUCAUUGACUUGGCGAAAAAUAUAAUGGAAGUCAGUGGGAACUGAAAAUAUCUUCUUCAAAGUAUCUACUUUCAUGUUUCAGAGAAGGACGAAAGUCAGGUUUGGAAAUGCAUGAGCGUGAGUAAUUGAUGAUCAAAUAUAAUUUUUUGGGAGAACUAGCCCUUUAAUAAAACCAUGUUCAAGACAGCAAGGGAAGGACAGGAAUUUGCCUUGGUUGGAGAGAUGGAAUAUUGUAACAUAAACUGUGAUCUUGCAAACUUUGUAAGUGCAUUGCCAUUGACUACAGUUGAGGUCAAAAGUUUACACCUCUCUUUCAGAAUCUGUUAUUUUACCAAAAUAAAAGGGAUCAUACAAAAUGCAUGUUUUUGUUUAUUUCGUACUGACCUGAAUAAGAUAUUUCACAUAAAAGACGUUUAUAUAUAGUCCACAAAAGUAUUUAUAAAAACGACCCUGUUCAAAAGUUUACAUACAUUAGAUUUUUAAAUACUGUGUUGUUACCUGAAUUAUCCACUGCUGUGUUUUUUUUUUUUGUUUAGCGGUUAAACUGCCUGCUGUUCUACAGAAAAAUUCUUCAGAUCCCAAAACUUCUUUGGUUUUCCAGCAUUUUUGUGUAGUUAACCCUUUCCAACAAUGAUUGUAUGAUUUUGAGAUCCAUCUUUUCACACUGAGGACAACUGAGGGACUCAUAUGCAACUAUUACAGAAGGUUCGAACACUCACUGGUCCUCCAGAAGGAAAAAAACAAUGCACUAAGAGCUGGGGGUGAAAACUUUUGAACCAAAUGGAGAUGUGUACGUUUUUUCUUUUUUUGCCUAAAUAUCAUAUUAGUUUCAUUUAGUACUGCCCUUCAGAGGCUAAAAAAAGAUAGUUACAUGUUUACCAGAAGACAUAAGUUAAAUUUACCCUGAUCUUCAAAUUUCAGAAGUUUUCACCCCCCUUAAUGCAUUGUUUUCCCUUCUGAGGCAUCAGUGAGCGUUUGAACGUUCUGUAAUGGUUGCAUAUGAGUCCCUCAGUUGUCCUCUGUGAAAAGAUGGAUCUCAAAAUCAUAGUCAUUGAUGAAAAGGGUUCAAAUACACAAAAAUGCUGGAAAACCAAAGAGUUUGUGGGACCUGAAGGAUUUUUCUGAAGAACAGCAGACAGUUUAACUGUUCAGGACAAACAAGGGACUCAUGAACAACUACCACUAAAUAAAAAACACAUCUGUGGAUCAUUCAUGUAACAACAUGGUAUUAAGAAUCAAGAGUAUGUAAACUUUUGAACGGGGUUGUUUUUGCAAGUUCAACUAAAUUCAUUCUUAUUCAGGUCAGUACUAAAUAAAAAAAACAUGCAUUUUAUACAAUCCCUCUUAUUUUGGUCAAAUAAUUAACAUUUUGCAGAUUCUGAAAGGGGGAUGUAAACUUUUGACCUCAACUAUAAGUGCUGUAAAUGGACUGAAUUAGUGAAGUUCUCAUACCAGAUGAUGAGUUUAGGAAUACGAACAUUAAAUGUGAAAAUUCACAUGGGAAACAAGCAAGCUUGGUGGAUGCUGAAUGAAUUCAUAAUGUAGUUCUGAUUGCUUCCUUCUGAAUGUCGAUUCAAGGGCUUAUUCGUCAACCUCAAGUGGUAUUUCAUAAUUAGAAACAUGGUUGAUUAAAUCUUGAUCUGAAUAGCCCACAGUUCCCUAAAACUCAAAGGUGCUUCUGAGUCAAACGUUCUCUUUUUUUGCAUGUUUAAGUAAAUGUAUAUAGAUGUAGAUGCAUAGCUACAAGUGGUUAUUGUCCCAGUGAGCUCCUUACACUGAGCAGUUCAUAAAUGUCCCAUGAAAUAAAAAAAAAUGAACUUGCGACUCUGAAGUGUUGAAAUGAUCACAGAAAUGAAUAAAUACCAUCCUCUGACAAUAAAAGCUAUCUUGUCACUACAGCUUUUCUGCCCUGAGAGUUGGAAAACAUACUUGAGGGUUGAUAAACGGAUACAGUGGGGGGGUUUUAGAUGCUAAUUAUCUUGAUGAAGUCCUCAGACGUGCUGCCACGUGUAGAUUGUGAUUUUUAGCCAAAGUGCUGUUUCAGAUGGACGAUGGCGAUCCUUGAAGUAACAACCUCCUUGAAGUGGACGUGAUCUCUUAUGAUUUUCUUUCAUUGUCUAUGUUCAUUGGACACUCUAGAAGAGUUUUUGAUCAAAUCCGAUGACGACGAAGAGGAAAAUUGUGUUAUUUAAUAUUGAUGCUGACUGUUACCCUGGAAAUGUCAGUAACCUGUGCCACAGUGAGCCUCUGCUUGGAUACUCUUCAGUCAUUGGCUUUAUGUAACUCACCCUCAGUAGAGUCUGCUGUACGUUGUACAUCUGUAACCACCAAAUCAUUAUUAAACUCAUUUGUAUCCACCGUUGUGAAAAUCUGUAACUACUUCUAACACAAAAAAAUAAUAUAGAGCUGUCUAAUAGACUACAAUGAGCAAUAUUGCUUCUGAAGUAUUAAAGUUGCUUUAUUUUUUGCCUUUACAUGAUUAUUCUCCACCUGUUCCUGAAGUCGGUGUGAUGUUUAGAGUCCAUGACUUGAAUGAAUGCGAAGGGAUCCUACAAAAAAAACUUUCGAGUGGAUUGGUGGCUGAAUGAACAAUUAAAAAUAAAAGACUGUACUCAGCAUG